AUAUAAUCAACAAUUUGAAGUUUUGAAAUAUUUUUAUUAAAUUAUUCAUAACAAAAUUUCCAGUGCUUAUAUCUUCGCAUUUUUUUUAAAUUUUAAUACUGUUUUCGAGUGGUAAGUAUUACCAUUAAUUAUAAAUAGUAAUCAACAAUGGCAGAUUUCAAAAUGUCAUCAAGUAUAUUGACAAAAGAGUGUUUAAGAACACAAAUUUGUGGUGAAGGCGAGUGGCCAAAAAACACAGUAUUAUACCAGCCUUAUGAAACAGAACAAAUCCUAUUACCUGACAACUCAAAAUGUUUAUCGGUUAAAACAUUUUUAAAAAUGGCUGGAUUGGAAUUCAUUGUCGAAGCAAGAGAAAAUGCCGAAUAUAUGUCACCACAUCGAGGUAAAGUGCCUUUUAUUAAAGCAGGCCAGUUUUUAGUUGCUGACUUUGAACCAAUCGUCAAUUUUGCACAAUCUAAAGGCUAUUCUCUAUCUACACAUUUAGAUGAAGCUCAAAAGUGGGACCUUAGAGUAUACAUGGCACUAGUAAAUAAUGUUCUUUUAAAUGCUGAGAUUUAUGUAGCAUGGAAUCAUGAACUUACUUAUAAAGAACUCACUAAGCCAAGGUAUAGCUCAGUUUAUCCUUUUCCAUUGAACCACUGGGCUACAUAUUAUAAGCGCCGUGAAAUUUUAUCACAUUUAGAUGUAUUAGGUUGGAAAAAAAAAUCUUUGGAUGAAGUAUUUAAAGAAGUCGAAAGAAUCUGUGAAUCAUUGUCAAAGUUUUUGGCUGACAAGAAAUAUUUUUUUGGUGAAAAGCCAACUGAUUUAGAUGCUUUAGUAUUUGGUCAUUUAUUUUCUAUCAUAACAACACCAUUAUUAAACAAUCGUUUUGCUGCAACUGUCAGAGCUUAUGAUAAUUUAGUUCAAUUAUGUGUACGAAUCGAAACAGAAUUUUAUCAGUCUAGAAUUUUAUGAUAUAAAUAAUUAUUUUAUUUGAUUGAAUAUUAGUUAGUAUUAAAUACUAAUAAUGUUUUAA